UGUGAGCGCGAGGCAGAGAUACUGAAUAGUUGAUGAGACAAUAGUUAGUUUGACAGAGGGGAAAGAAUGGAAAGUCUGGAACUUAUCUCCUUCUCCAUUCUGGACCGAGCCAGAGAACUGUGAUGGAAAAUUACUCUGCGGCUGUACAUGUGCACGUGUGAGAGAGAGAAAGCAAGAGAGCGAGCGUGAAGACGAAGAGUGGAUUAAAUAGUCAGCAUAAAAGAAAGUCCAGAAAUAAAGUUGUCAGAGAGGCACAGUGAGAGAUGUUAGAGGUGCUUCGGUGAUCACACUGCUUAGUCAGGGCCUGGAAAUGCAGCAUCUCACACCUGAGAAUCACAGCCGCUUCAGUUGGAGCGGGUGGAAAAACCUACUGCUGCCGCAGUUGAACAGACGCUCGCUGUAUGUCUACGGCAGUGAGAUUGCUGUGGAGAAGGAGUGCGUUAGACAGAAAGAGGGAGGUGUGUUGGUCAUCCAUCCCUUCAGUCGUUUAAGGAGUUAUUACAUCAUGUGUAUGGUGGUCAUAACAUUUCUCAAUCUAAUUGGCAUUCCAAUGGAGAUUGCCUUUCUAGAUGGCAACAGUGGAGUAGGUUGGGAGGGUUUUAAUGUGUUCUCUGACACUCUGUUCCUGAUUGACGUGGGGCUUAACUUUCGCAUGGGGAUCAUUAAUGAGGACAGUGAGGGAGCCAUUCUGGAUUUGAAAAGCAUUCGACAACAGUAUUUAAAAAGCUGGUUUAUACCUGAUAUGGUGGCAGCACUCCCAGUUGGUUACAUACUACUUAUUGCGGACCUACAAUACCACAGUGACUCUCCCUCAUCCAGAGCCAGCAAAAUGAUGCGCAUCUUGAUGUUUGUGAGAAUCCUCAGUCUCGUCCGCCUGUUGCGUGUGUCAAGGCUUGUUAGGUUUUUUAAUGAGGUGGAGAGAGUUUCAAAUGCCAACUUGGAGGUGGUGAGGGUGUUCCUAAGAAUCUUGUCAUUAUUUAUGAUGAUUUUCCUGCUGUGCCACUGGAAUGGCUGUAUUCAGUAUUUUGUGCCUAUGCUUAAGGAGUUUCCCUCAGACUGCUGGGUUAGAAGAGAGAAUCUAAUGAAUGCCACAGUGGGAGAGAAGUACUCUUUUGGAGUCUUUCGGGCCCUCUCUCAUAUGACUGCAAUAUCAUACGGUUCCUCAGAAACACCCACAAGCAAGGAGUAUACUUUUGAUCAGCUGAUUUAGCCGAAUGUUCAUUUUAUACCACAGCAAUCAUGAAGCACAACUGCUACUUCUUUUAAUACCUGAUUUUUUUCUUUUUUUUUAUAGAUGAGGCUGAGCUUUGGAUUGUCAUGACUAGCAUUGUGUCUGGAGCCCUCAUGUACACAGUGAUGGUCGCCAACACUGCUGCAAUGAUGACUGAUGUGGACAUAACAGCAAGAGCAUACAAGAAUAAGAUGAAUCAUAUGGAAGAUUAUAUGACUUUCAUGAAGCUUCCCAAAGCCCUUCGUAUGCGCAUCAACAACUUCUUUCAGGCUCGUUACGCAGGAAAAUGGUAUGAUGAGAAGGAUGUCCUGAAGUGGGUGUCUUCAUCUCUCAGAGAGGAAAUUCUGAUGUCCAUGUGCUCGGCCCAUGUGAGAAAAGUUCCCUUUUUCCGGAACUGUGAUAUAAACUUCAUCAAUGCCGUUCUUCUGGAGCUGCAGUAUGAGGUCUACCAGGAGGGUGACAUCAUCAUCCGCCAGAACAUUCCUGGUGACCGCAUGUUCUUCAUCGAGCACGGGCAGGUCCUUGUGGAGAAUGAGUUUUUCCAGAGGGAACUGUGUGAUGGAGACUGCUUUGGAGAGGCAUGUCUCCUAACAAAAGGAAGGUGUUUGGCCACAGUACAAGCUCUGACUAUCUGUCAGCUUUUUUCCUUGUCGGUGGACUCCUUUCAUUCUGUUCUGAAGGACUAUCCAGACAUCAGAAGGGACCUGGAGACAAUUCAACAGGAUAAAGACAUUUUGUUAUGUUGAGAAAGUAAGUUUUAGUUCUAUCAAUGACAACUUAGUUGAUUUGACAGUUUUACUGGAAACCAUUAUAUAUCUUUUCUAGAUUCUUUAACGAAGAACAGCCUUUAUGUGAAAUAGAGAUUUUGUUUCAUUCUAAAUACUUUCUUCUUUACUAGCUAGUUAUUUACUAGUACUUUUGAAUUAUAAAUGUAUCAAUUUAUUUAAAAAAAUCUAACUUACCCCCAAAUUUUGAAUGUGUUUAUUAUAUACACUUUAGAGUUAUGUUAGGUAAGAUAGGGAAAAAAUAUUUUUAAAAAUAUAACAUGCAAGAGCUUAAUACAUUUUGAUCUCUAUUUUGCAUGUCUAUCUUAAUUGAUAGAUGGCUACACUUGCAUUAAUCCCCUCCUGCAGCUUCCUAAGCAUGCACUUUGCCUGCUUUUGAUUUGCCAGCUUUGCUUUACUUGGCAUUUACUUGCUCUAUAUUGGCAUAGAUUUCCAGAUGUGGUUUUGGAAUAUUCUGUUCCAGCUGGUGGAUGUGGGCUUAAGUAUUCCCUUGUUCUACAGUGUAUAACAAGCUGUCUGAAAAUGGACUUUGUAUAGCAAAUAAGGUAUGACUUGGCAACCGCAUUGGAAUGGGAUUCCUCUGAGAAUACUGAUAGGAUGAUUUUAGACUGAUUUGUAGGCCACCUUCUCCAGCUUCUCUACUCCCUCCCUUUCCAAGCGCCCACAGGAGGAUACGCAUAACCAGUGCUCUUACGUCACAUAACCAUGCCUCUUUACGUCUUCCUAUGUCUUCCUCUGAAGUAUCCAGAACAGCACCCACUGGUGGCCUUCAUUUUCCUGUAGAGGGCAUUCAUUUUAUCUGACCAGGUCCUCAUUGUACUGUAGGUUUCUAUCAGAGAAGCCUUGUUUAAAACAGAAAAUAUGUUUAAUGUUUUGGCUAAUAUGUUAGUGCUUUCAAAUAGUGUGCUGAGUUCAGUUUUACGUUAAAUAUGUCCCACAAAAAUCAGCAGAUUAUUUCCAGAAAUCAGCACAGUUGAUGUACAAAUUCUGUUGGAGCCUAGAAAAACUCACCAUAAUUUACAUUAAAAAAAAAAUGUAUUUUGGGGUGAAAGGGUCAAAUCUGCUGUUUCAUAAAAUGACCCAAAGGUUGUAGAGAUAAUUGUAGCUCUGUUUUAAAAAAAAGUUACAUGUUUAUAAAAGUCGUAUUUUAAAAAGAUGUUAA